AUGAGCGCCAUCACUCUUACCAGCUCCGAUGGAGUCGAUAUUUCCGUUGAGCGCACCACUGCUGAGCGCUCCGUCUUGAUCAAGAACAUGCUUGAGGAUCUUGGCGACUCUGGAGAGGCUAUCCCAAUCCCUAACGUUAACGAGGCCGUCCUCAAGAAGGUUAUCGAGUGGUGCGAGCACCACAAGAACGACCCCCCCAGUGCCAGCGAUGACGACGAUAACCGUCGCAAAACCACCGACAUUGAUGAGUGGGAUCAGAAGUUUAUGCAGGUGGAUCAGGAGAUGCUCUUCGAGAUCAUCCUCGCCGCCAACUACUUGGAUAUCAAGGCUCUUCUUGACGUCGGUUGCAAGACUGUCGCCAACAUGAUCAAGGGCAAGUCCCCAGAGGAGAUUCGCAAGACUUUUAACAUCCAGAAUGAUUUCACUCCCGAGGAGGAAGACCAGAUCCGCCGCGAGAACGAAUGGGCUGAGGACCGUUAA